AUAUAAACCUCUUCAUUUCUCUCUCAGCUUUGUUCUCAUCAUCACUUCAAACACAACUCAACUCAUCACUUAUACAAUGUAUCGUCAAAACCACCCCGGUCCUCUCUCCCUACCCACAACCUGGAGUCCUCCCACCAACGACAUGAUGCCCAACAAAUCCCCUACCACCGAUACAAACCAGCGAAGCCGACAAGCAAGCACAUGCUCCGAACGCAGCUGCGAAGGCAUGACGCUCGACGAAACAAGAGAGCUGUGGAGAUGCAUGCUCGAACUGCAGCUUCGCUACGGAUGUUAUAACUCCACCAGGAUAGACAUGGCUGUUGAUGCUGGAGAAGAUGGUCUCGACUUGAUGCCAAACCGCUUUAUUAUCGAUACUCUCAAUGAGUCUGUCAUUGACCUUCCCGAUGAAGGCCGCGAACUGCUUAACCGCUAUUUAUGUCCUUCGUCACCAAACAAUAAGCAAAAGUGGAAAUUCUGGAAGAAGGAAUAGUGUUUUUACUUGUUAAUUUUCUUUUUAUGGCGUUGGGAAAGCGGGUUGGAAAAUGGCAUUUAGCAUCUAUACCCACGAUAUCAGAAUGGCACUGAUUUAUUAAAUAACAAACAUAAUUACACACAUACUCACUCACUAAUUCUACUCUCAAAAUCCUUCUCCCCAAUAAACCCAGCCUGAAUCUUCAUACUCUCCAAAACCCUCUCUCUAACAUCCUCAUGCUCAAUAUCCAUCCCCAUAAACCCCCCAUACGUAGCAUUAAAUUCCACAUCCUUCAACGCCCGCCACAUCCUCGCCAUCUCAUCAACACCAAGCGGAAUAAAAUUCGGAAUACUCCAGAGGAAAGAAAACGAGUUCAAGCCCGGAGGUCGAGACGGACGCUCUGCUCCUGUUGCAUCAAUGUCCCAAUUUCCUACGCCUGACGCUGUGGUCAUGAGUGUGUCGGCGAUGAAGAGACGGGAGUUGUAGUGUAGGACUAAAGAUCCGGGGAAGUGUCCGCCUAGCUUGAUAGCCGUGGCGCCGGUGUCGAGGAUAGGCGUCGAAGACUCGGUGAGAAGCACCUGGUGAGUAGAAGAGAGUGUAGUCCAGGGUUUGUCUUCAGAUGAGAUAUACACAGGACAACCAAACGCCCUCGCCCACUGAACAUGCGCACUAUAAAAGUGCGGAUGACUUAUAACAAUCGCCCUCAAACCUCCUCUCUCUUUAAUUCUCUGUACAGUCUCUUCAUCCAGCAAAGUAAUACAAUCCCAGAGAAUAUUCCCCUUAGGGGUUUUGAUAAGAAUAGCGCGCUGGCCGAUAGCUAGCUUGGGAGUGGAGUGGAUAAAGGUGACGUUCGGAUCCGACGGACACUGUACCCAUUCGUUCUUGAAGUGCUUCUUCAAUUCGCCCAGGGUGGAAAAGGAUUGGCCAGAGGGAGGGACGAAUUGGCGAGGAUCGUCGCAGAUGUGACAUGUUUUGAGGGCGGAGCGAUCAGCGGUAGGGAAUUGAGUGCCGCAGGUGUCGCAGACGAGCCAUGAGUCUGCCGUGAGAGGGUCGUAUUGCUCUGUGGUGAAUGACAUGAUGAGAGAAGACUAGCUUGCGAGUUGAUCGUGGAUGAAUUGG